AUGUUCAGUAGGAUUCAAGCAGGAAUGUCAUCUACUAAGAAACAAGCCACUUUGGCCAAAUUUUUCAGUUCUAUGAAGCGCGGCGUGCCUGAAAGCACCGCUGGGACGUCUCCCAAGAAGAUGAAGACGACACCCCCUCUAACCAGCACAAUGGGCUCUGAUGAGAAAAUAGACACUACUGAUAGGAAGACAGAGCAUUAUGAUGGAAAGAUGGCAACUCCUGAUGAGAAGAUGGAGGUAGAGACAAUGGCUACGCAGCCAGCUGAACCUGUUCGAGAACCUGUGAUACCGAAACCUGUGAUGCGUCUUGCUCUCGCCAAGGACAAGAAAGAAGAAGGGAAGAUUUUAUACUCAGAUGUGUGCAAAGUGUUCAACGAGGUGGAAAAUACGUCUUCGAGGCUAUCAAUUGUUAAACUGUGCAGCGAGUUUUUGUAUUCUGUGUUGAACAAGACGCCAAGAGACCUAGUUCCAAUCACCUACCUGUUCAUUAACAAAUUGGGACCCGAUUACGAGCCUGGGCUCGAGCUAGGACUUGGUGAAGGGCUACUUAUGAAAACAAUUAGCGAAAGUUGCGGCAAGUCGCUCGCGCAAAUCAAAGCCAAGUACCGUGAACUCGGAGACUUAGGCCGCAUCGCACAAGAGGCGCGUGCCGUACAGCCUACGAUGUUUAAGCCCAAACCUUUGACAACCGAAGAAGUCUUUUCGAAUCUUCAGGUUAUUGCGCGUGCCCAGGGCAAAGAUUCGCAACAGCGUAAAGUUCAGCUCAUCAAACGGAUGCUUACUGCAUGCCAAGGUGUAGAAGCCAAAUAUCUUAUCAGAUCGUUGGAGUCUAAACUCCGCAUAGGGCUUGCGGAGAAAACGGUUUUAAUUGCACUAUCACAAGCUAUCUUGACCUACGAACACAAUGGCGUAGAACCAUCAAAUGAUAUUGUAGACGCGGCAGAACAAAAGAUCAGAGACGCAUUCUGCCAAGUGCCCAACUAUGAGAUUGUGAUCAAUACUGCGUUGGAGCACGGUAUCAUGAAUCUGGACAAGCACUGUGUAUUGACACCUGGAAUCCCAUUGAAGCCGAUGUUGGCAAAACCUUCAAAGUCGAUUUCAGAAGUGCUUGAUAGAUUUCAAGGCCAACGCUUCACUUGCGAGUAUAAAUACGAUGGUGAAAGGGCACAAGUUCACUUGCUACCAGAUGGCACUAUGCGCAUUUAUUCGCGUAAUGGUGAAAAUAUGACUGAACGGUAUCCAGAGAUCAACAUUAGCGAUUUCAUUGCCAAUCCUGCAGAGACGCACACUUUAAUCCUUGACUGCGAAGCAGUUGCUUGGGACAAAGAGCAAAGCAAGAUUUUACCAUUCCAAGUCCUGAGCACGAGAAAACGGAAAGGAGUAGUCGCAGAAGACGUCAAAGUACGCGUAUGCUUGUUUGCGUUUGACAUUUUAUGCUACAAUGACGAGCCGCUAAUCAAUAAGUCGCUGGCAGAGAGACGGCAAUACUUAGAGCGCGCUCUUAAGCCGGUGCCAGGAGAGCUUCAAUAUGCAAGCGAAGUCACGACCAUGAAUCUGGAAGAGAUGCAAAGCUAUUUAGACCAAUCGGUGCGUGACUCGUGCGAGGGUCUCAUGGUCAAGGUGCUAGAUGGCGAAGAAUCGCACUACGAGCCAAGCAAACGGUCGCGAAACUGGCUCAAGUUGAAAAAAGACUACUUGCAGGGCGUGGGCGAUUCCUUGGACUUGUGCGUCUUGGGCGCUUACUACGGAAGGGGCAAGCGCACGGGUACAUAUGGUGGGUUCCUACUGGGCUGCUACAACCAGGAUACCGGAGAAUUCGAGACCUGUUGCAAGAUCGGCACCGGAUUUUCCGACGAGAUGUUGCAGAAGUUAUACGAGCAAUUGAGCCCCACAGAAAUCAGCGAGCCCAAGGCCUUUUACGUUUACAGCGAGAGUGCUCCGCCGGACGUGUGGUUCGAGCCCUCCAUGCUGUUCGAGGUCCUGACUGCGGAUCUAUCCUUGUCGCCGGUAUACAAGGCUGGCAGCGGUAUCUACGACAAGGGCAUAUCGCUGCGGUUUCCUCGGUUCAUCCGCAUCCGCGACGACAAGUCUGUGGAAGAUGCCACCUCAUCGGAGCAAGUUGUUGAGUUUUACGAGAGCCAAGCCCACAUGAAGUGA